AUGUCUGACGACGAGCAGCACAACCACAACUUCGAGCAGGCCAGUGCUGGGGCCUCCGCCACCUUCCCCAUGCAAUGUUCUGCUCUCCGCAAGAACGGGCACGUCGUCAUAAAAGGUCGUCCCUGCAAGAUCGUAGAGAUGUCCACUUCCAAGACUGGCAAGCACGGUCACGCUAAGGUUCACUUGGUCGCCAUCGAUAUAUUCACCGGCAAAAAACUCGAAGAUAUCUGUCCCUCCACUCACAACAUGGAUGUCCCCAAUGUCUUUAGGAAUGAGUACCAGCUGGUCAACAUCGAUGAUGGCUUCUUGAAUCUGAUGACUGCUGAUGGCACUGCUAAGGAUGAUGUCCGAGUUCCCGAGGGUGAACUUGGUGACCAGAUCUCUGGUGGAUUUGAUGAGGGCAAAGAUUUACUUGUCACAAUUGUCAGUGCUAUGGGCGAGGAGCAGGUAGCGUUUAUACUGUUCAUCUGGGUCGUAUAUCUCUAUCCGUCGGUUGCCCACCCGCUAUUGUCUCUAUUAAGCAUCAACCCAUCGUAG